AUGGUGUUAACAUGGCAGCAUGACUGUGUGCUCCUAGCUCGGCCCGCCUGGCGUGGGGUCCUGGAGGCCUUCUUGGAGUUCAUCCAGCAACCAUCAUGCAGGGUGGUGCUGGGGACCAUCCUCUUGCUGGGAGGCGGUGGCCUCUUGCUGUGGGCUCAGAGGAAGAGGACGAGUAAGCUUGCGCCUGCGUCCGCACAAGGUGAGUCAGCAGAAUCGCACAACGCAGAGGAGAGCUGGAUCAAAUCUCACUUUAGCUGCCUGUCAAAGGAGAAACUGGCUCUGGACAACCAUGCCAGCACCAGCAACAAUGCCAUCCAGCCUGAGAGCGGGGGUGGGAAGGCCAGCACCACCAUCCGCGUGGAGACUGUCACCUCCAGGCACGGGGAAGGGGCCACACGUCUGCACCGGGAAUCUGUCACCAGCAGGCAGAAGAUGUCUGGGUCCAGCGUGACCAAGGAGACCCACAAGGAGUCAGGAAAGCCCUCGUCCAUGGAUGAGGCCACGUGGGCUGGCGUGGCUGCCUGCGUCAAGGAGAUUGACAUCCAGGGGCAGCGUGUGGCUGAUUCCAUGCUGCAGCGAGCCACGGCUUACCAGCACUCAGGCCACCUGGACUCCAGGGACAUCAAUCCGGAGGAGCUGAAGGCCCUGGAAGAGGUGGAGAUGAAGCUGAAAAGGAGUUUCCUCACCCAGCGAGAAACCACCACGGCUGGCGCCAACCACACACGUACUUUCUAUGGUCACCAGAGUCAUCCAGGCCACCCGAGCCACCAGAAUCAUGCUGGCCACCCAAGCCACCAGAGUCAGAUGGGCCAUCAGAGCCACCAGAGCCAGACUGGUCACCAGAGCCACCAGAAUCACACAGGGCACCAGAGCCACCAGAGCCAUAGCCUGCCCAACCGCAGCCACCAGAUGUGUAAUUCUUGAAGCUGCCAAAGCAUACAUCCCUUCCCCCAGCAAGGCUGCCCCCACCCCCACAGGCCUGGUUUUCUUCUACGGGGAAACUUAUGUGGCCCAGGGUAAGAUGCUGUCACCAAGAUCCUUCCUCAGCCCCUUCACCAGGGGUCUUGAAUAGGCUCUUCCAUAGAGGAUGGACCCUGCUGGAGGAAGAGCUGGAGGGAAGGAAGGCAGCUGUGACAGAUGCUGAGGCCCCUAGGACCCACCGAGAGGACACAGAUGAGGCAGACCCCAGGAGUGGCCAAGAGCCCUACUGAUGCCAAACGCCUGGACGGAGCCAAUAAAGCCUUG